AUGAAGAAGCAUAUCUUGUGUAGAAAAUAUUUUUCGUAUGAUGGCUUCACCAGCUCAAAAAAUCGCGGUGGUGGAAUUGUAUGUGUUCGGUUUAGCUUUGGUACGUUCGUGGGUUCGAAGAUUCCUAAAGAUUCUGAGAUUUCGGAUGCCGAAGAUUUGGAGGUUUCUUGCGUAAUUAAAGACAAGAACUUUCUACAUAAGAGCCACGAAAAUUCCGGAGCUGGGCCACCUCUUUACAAUAGGUUGCUGAAGAGAUGUACUGAAAUGCGAAAGCUGAGAGAAGGAAAAAUGGUCCAUGCCCAUUUUUUGAAUUCCCAAUUCAGAGAUGACCCUGUUAUUGGGAACACUAUACUAAACAUGUAUGCGAAAUGUGGCAGUCUUGCGGAUGCUCGUAAGUUGUUCGAUGAAAUGCCUCUGAAGGAUAUUGUGACUUGGACUGCCUUGAUCAGUGGCUAUUCUCAGCAUGAUCAAGCUGAGGAAGCGCUUGCUUUGUUUCCGCUGAUGCUACGGCGUGGAUUGGAGCCGAACCAGUUCACUCUCUCCAGCUUGUUGAAGGCUUCUGGAGAUGGAACGACCAAUAAGCGCGGUAGACAACUUCACGCUUAUUGUUUGAAGUGUGGUUAUGAUUCUGAUGUUUAUGUGGGAAGUUCUCUUGUUGACAUGUAUGCCAGGUAUGGGCAUUUAGUUGAAGCUCGGUUGAUCUUUGAUGGUCUGGUGACCAAGAAUGAGGUGUCUUGGAAUGCUUUGAUUGCUGGGCAUUCCAGGAAAGGUGAAACAGAGAACGCCCUUAGGUUGUUCUCAAUGAUGCAUAGGGAAGAUUUUAAGCCUACUGAUUUUACGUAUUCGAGUUUGUGCACUGCUUGUGCAAGUACGGGAUCUCUAGAGCAGGGCAAGUGGGUUCAUGCACAUGUGAUCAAGUCUGGUGGUAGACUUGUUGCUUUUGUUGGAAACACGCUUCUUGACAUGUAUGCAAAAUCCGGUAGCAUCGAGGAUGCCAAAAAAGUUUUUGAUAGGUUGGUCAAGCGAGACGUAGUUUCUUGGAACUCGAUGCUUAGGGGUUAUGCCCAACAUGGACUCGGAAGGAAAACAGUGCAGCAUUUUGAAGAAAUGAUGACGAGUGGAAUUGAACCGAUUAGCGUAACCUUCCUUUCUGUUCUGACCGCUUGUAGCCAUGCUGGACUUUUGGAUGAAGGACGACACUAUUUUGAAUUGAUGAAGAAGUACAAGGUAGAGCCAGAUGUUUUACAUUACGUGACAAUGGUCGAUCUUCUUGGUCGUGCAGGUCUACUUGAUCAAGCUGAGAGGUACAUAAGAGAGAUGCCUAUUGAACCCAGUGCAGCUGUAUGGGGAGCCUUGCUUGGUGCUUGCAGGAUGCACAAGAAUAUGGAGUUGGGAGCAUAUGCUGCUGAACGUGUUUUUGAGCUAGACCCUCAAGAUUCGGGCCCCCAUAUAUUGCUCUAUAAUAUGUAUGCCUCCGCUGGUAGAUGGCAAGAAGCUGCAAAAGUGAGAAAGAUGAUGAAAGAGAGUGGAGUUAAAAAGGAACCCGCUUGUAGUUGGGUGGAAAUCGAGAAUGCGGUCCACAUGUUUAUUGCAAAUGAUGAUGCUCAUCCACAGUGGCAAGAGAUCCGCGAGAUGUGGGAGAAGAUAAGCGGAAAGAUUAGAGAGAUUGGAUAUGUCCCGGAUACAAGUCAUGUGCUUUUGUUUGUGGACCAGCAGGAAAGGGAAGUAAAGUUGCAGUAUCAUAGCGAGAAACUUGCUCUGGCAUUUGCUCUCCUAAACACCCCUUUAGGAUCCACCAUACGGAUCAAGAAGAACAUAAGGGUUUGUGGGGAUUGUCACUCUGCAAUCAAGUAUGUCUCAAAGGUGGUAGGCAGAGAAAUCAUAGUGAGAGAUACCAAUCGUUUUCAUCACUUCCACAACGGCUCUUGUUCAUGUGGAGACUAUUGGUAGUGAUGAUUUUU